AUGGUGCACCCCAAUAAUAUCUCAAGAGAAUUAGUUCCUUUAGCGGAUGUUUCUCCAAAUGUUGAAGGGGUAGUCGUAAAGGCGGUAGAUGUCGGUGGUGACUUUAAUAACAAGCAAGAGUUUGAUGACCGGGAAAGCAUGCUCACAUGGAUUCGUAAGAAUGCAACUAACCUUGGUUUCAGUGCAGUAAUAGGAAUAUCGGAUAAUGGUAUGGCAAAAGGAAACUCUUUCGUAACAAUGUUGUGUGAAAGAAGUGGGAAAUACCAUCCUCCUCUAAGGAAGUUUAAAAGAGAUGACACGAGUACUAGAAAAUGCGAGUGUCAGUUUAAAAUUCGUGGUUACAUGGUGGCUAGCAAAAAUGGAGAUUUUUAG